CAUACCCGGCGGUGUUCCGCUGGUUGCGCUCGUACGCGGCCGACAGAGAGACGCAAGGAAGAAGAAUGGUGAAAGUUAGUGACCUGCCUUUUGGCAGGUGUGCAUGUGGAAGCAUGUAAUCUUGCAGUGCUCUGUUUUUUUUAUUGCAUCUGUGGGACGGCGGUGUCUACCAAGAUCGCAACUUCAUUAUUUUUCGUGGUGGCGUACGAGUUAAAGUGGCCAACGGACGAACGAGGCAACAAUGUACGACGACGAGCUGGCGAGCGACGCGACUCGGAUAUUGCAAGAUCUGAGUCUCUUCGAAGUGCCGUCCAGGGACCAUUUGACGGCUGCGACGCCGAAGCGUACGGACACUUCGGCUGGCGAGGAUUUCGAGAAAAAGCGAGAAAUAUAUGCUAAUCUGAACAGUAAGUCUUACCCGGACUUUGCACUGGCGGCAGAUCACGACUAUGGGCGCAUUCUCUCUCGGGCGGCCACCUCUGCGGGCAGCUACGCUUCGGCGGAUGUGCUUGGUAGUCCUCGACGGUACCUGCCAUCCAGCAGGCGUGCUUUGGGCGCAAUCGAGAGCCUAGCCGACGGCAAAGAGUUGCCAGUAUACGCCAGGAUUGACCGUGCUAGCGUAAUUGCCGCCUCUAAGUUCGCGACGCCCAAAGCACCUUGCACCGAAGCAGCAAGUGGAGUGCCGCCGCCGACCGACUAUGCGCGAUGGGUUGCUUGCAAAACACGAUUGCCGGAUAGCGCUCAUUCGAGUCCGCGUAGCAGCGUCAGUUCGUCGAGCCGUGACUCUCAGCAUUCGAACAGUUCCGCCGGCGCUGCGCCCAUCUACGAGAACGUGGCUGCCUUGCAGAGCCCACGAUCGUCGCUCAGUUCACAAGACUCGAAGCCACCGAGCCCGCGGGCUAGCCACUGCGAACCGCCGCCGUACCCGCACGCGAAGCCCCCUCCCGAGUAUCCCAUCUACGCCAACCUGGACGGUUCGUCGUUGCAGCGCAACGGACUGGUCAGACCGUGUGCUCAGAAACCGUCCUCGUACGCCUCGAGCGUGCGGUACUCGACGACCGGCAGCAGCAACAGCUUGUCUUGCUCGUACCCGAUCGGCAGGCAGCAGCAGGCCCUCCAGAUGCGGAGCCAGCCGUGUGACAGCAUUGCGGGACUUGCAGCGCGCAGCCCCCAGGCCGCCUGUCCGCAAGUGCCGCCGCAGGCGCUCCCGCCGCCGCCCCCUUACCCGGGUUACAAGCCCAACACGCUCAACACCAAGACGCUGCUGCCGUACAACGUGACCCCGCCGCGGCCCAAGGGUCCCACGGAGGCCGAGAAGAAGAUCGAGGCCCUCAUGCGCCAGAUCGAAGACGAGCUCGAGCAGAACCCGCCGGAGGGAGAGUUUUUCGGUAUCUGCCAUACAUGUGGUGAAAAGGUGACGGGUGCUGGCCAGGCCUGUCAAGCAAUGGGCAACCUCUACCACACUAACUGUUUCAUCUGCUGUUCAUGUGGGCGUGCUCUGAGAGGCAAAGCAUUCUAUAACGUCCAUGGCAAGGUGUACUGUGAAGAGGACUACCUGUACUCCGGCUUUCAGCAAACUGCGGAGAAGUGUGCAGUGUGUGGACACUUGAUUAUGGAAAUGAUUCUACAAGCAAUGGGGAAGUCUUACCAUCCGGGCUGUUUCCGCUGUUGCAUAUGCAAUGAAUGCUUGGAUGGUGUUCCGUUCACAAUUGACAUGGACAACAAGAUAUACUGUGUCAACGAUUACCACAAAAUGUUUGCGCCUAAGUGUGCAGCUUGUGGAAAGGCAAUUACACCUGUGGAGGGAACAGAUGAAACCGUUCGAGUUGUUUCAAUGGACAAGGAUUUUCAUGUGGACUGCUAUGUUUGUGAGGAGUGCAGCCUGCAGCUGACAGAUGAGCGGGACAAGCGUUGCUACCCACUGGAUGGCCACUUGUUGUGCCAGGGUUGUCAUGUGCGGAGGCUGCAGGCGCAGGGUUCUGUGGCCCGAGGGGAGCCGCCACCUCAGGGUGCACAAGCGCAGAUUGUAUGGAAUGGAGCACAGCUACAUUAGGCCUUGGUACAUUUCUCUCUCAGGGCUGGUCCUUAAGAGGAACAAAAAAAAAAAAAGAAAACUAAAAAAAACCACAAGAGUUGCCUGAAGAUGGAGGGCACCCUUUCUUUUGGAGCAAGCAGUGCCAAUUCAACAUUCAACUCUUUGAGAAAAAUUUUUAUACAUAUAUAUAUAUAUAUAUGUAUGAUGUAUAUGCAUAGCACUUUUUUUUAUCUGAGUGAAUGAAAGGUUUGGUGAAGAGACUUGCAAGGGCAUCUUGUUUAAAUGACCAAUGUGCUGGUCACCAACGGAUGAGGGAUGCAUACGUGUGCUGGGUGGUAUGGCUGGAACAUGUACAUAGCACUUGCACAUGAAGAACAGUGGGCAUGGUGUGUAAAAUCAUGGUACUGUAAAAAGCUGGCGGUCCAAAGUGGCACCAACCACUGUCGUGCCUGCAGCCCAUUUUUCCUGUUUUCUGUGUAUUUUUUUCUUCCUUGCCCAAGAGAGUAGUUCUGAAGCACACACACACAAUUUACUGGCCUGAAGGCAUAUUAUCUGCACACCUGACGCAUUCUGGCUGGGUGAAUGGUGCAGUGAAGCCAUGUACAGUCCAGAGCAACUUGAAUGCAGCUGCCAGAGUGUAAUGAAGUACAGUUAAACCUGCUUAUAAUGAACCUCCAUAUAACGAAUUCCUGGAUAUAACAAAGUUUUUCUAUUCCCCGCCGUUACUCCAUAGAAGCACAUGUAUUUGAGACCUCUACUUAACGAAGUGGCAGCAGGAGACCCCCUCGAAAUAACGAAUUUUUCCCGCCGACAACCUAGAGAUUUUGCCCCAAAUUUUGUCAUUUUUGCGCGAGCAGCAAUCGGAAGCGCCUUCUCCACCGCGACGGAAUGCGAAGCGGCGGCGGCGCACUUGGCGCGCUCGAAUUCACGGCGACUGUGAGGCGAGAGCGAGCGCACAUGUGCGUGCGUGCGUACGCGAGGCGGGCCUGCAGUUGUAUUUCUGUUUGAAAGCAUGAGGUGCGCGGUACUGUAAAGUAUUUUUUUCUUUUUUCCUCUCUUUUGGUCACGGAAAACGGGUGCGCGUUACAGUCGAGGACGUGUUAAAAUCGAGUAAAUACGGUAAGCGUUUCUUUUUAGAAUUUUCGUGCCGAACCUGCAUAUAACGAAAUCCUCUUUAUAACGAAGUUUUUCAGGACUUUGUCAAUUUUGUUAUAUCCGGGUUUAACUGUAAUCAUAAAAGAAGCAGUGUGACCUUCAAAGCAGUUGGAAAUUCUGUGGCUUUCACUCGCCCUUUUGGCUUGCACAUGCAAUGGUCGUCACUCUAUGGCCAAAAGUUUUUCUUUGUUUUAAAGCGCUCGUGGCCAUAGAGUUUGCUGCGUUUCUGGAUGUUUUAGCAUUCUAAAAGGUGUAACUUAAGUACAGCAGACUUCCAUUGAUUUGACCUUGGUUAAUUAGACUUUUUGCUUAAUUCAAACGCCCUGGGAGAAACAAUACUUUGGCUAUGUAAGAUUUUUUUUUUUUUUUUUAGUUUUAACACGACAGCAUGUUGCGUCAGUUAAUUCAAAUCCACACUGGCCCCCCUCAUGCAUGCAACGGUUACUAAAACCUUGAAAACAAGAAAUUCAGCAGACGGCACUCCUAGUUUCCUAGGCGAAGACAGUGAUGACAGCAACCUGCCCUGCAGUGGUGAGGAUGACUUGCACUGUGCCCUAGGCGAAGUCUCGUUAAUGAUUUUGUCAGCAUGGACGAUAGUGUUGACGUCUGUAGGCCACUGGCCGACGACAUCUAUAGCUAUUGUAAUGUUGUAUUGAAGUAGUCUGUCGAUGACAAUGGACUAUUUCAAGUAAUAAAAAAAAGAUUUGAAUUCAUUCUUUCUGCCUGCCGUUCGUUAAUUCAACCUUUCAGAUAAUGCGAUUAGAACUUGCAGUCCUACAAGGGUCAAAUUAAAGGGAAUCUACUGUAUAUGUUGCCCGGUGAGGACUUAGUUCUUCACAAUGUUUCAAAACCUGAGAAAUUAAAUGAAUUGAUUAGUGCAGAGUUGUGCUGGAUAAAUGCCAGUGUUCCUGCUCCCCACCUCCUCAUUUUUGCUUUUCAUAGAUGUAUGUGUGCAAGCUUCAUCAUGUUUUAAGCUCCUUUGGCAGCUGUUCACGAGUUACACACACUACAUUUGUUCCUUCAUAAAGUUUCAAUUUGUAGUGUUAAGGGAUUUAAAGCAGUUUUCCAUUCAUUAUAGUACUGCCUUUUUGUUUUCUGCCUUUUUUUUUAACUGCUUGCAUAAUCAACCAUGCAGAGCCAAAAAAAGCUGGAUUUUCCAAGGGGUGGUGCAGGAAUACAUGCAAAAGCUUUGUUCUCAUAGAUAUGCGCAUGCUCAUAGCACAUCAUUCACUUGUGACAGGAACAGUAUCUCUUCCCUUUACCCUGCCAGCUUUUUUUUUUUUUUUUUCUCCUCAAACAGUUGUUUUCAUGAGCAGCUUGUCAUCCGUCGUUACAUUUUAAAUGCCUGAUUUUUUUCACAUUUUGUAUGCACAUACAGUCCUUUGUGCUCUGAUUUAUAUUGACAAACUGUCUCACAGAAGAUGAGAAAGGAAACUUAUAGAGGUGCAAAUUCCAAUAAACGCAACUGUGCUUUUGCAUAUGCAUUGUUGGUACCAAACUGCGGUGUGCUGAUGCCUGAAUUUAUAAUGUACCAUUAGAAUACUCUGCUUUGACUUAAAAGUUAUGAACAAGUCAUGCAGAAAUGCCAUUGGCCUAUGAUGAACCAUUGUUAGAGUUUCUAUACAAUGACAUUUCUUAAGCAUUCCAUGCAACAUAAGCAUCUAGAAGAACCAGUGUAAAGGUUAAAGGAUUACAUUAUAUAGAGAGCUGUGUCAUCAGUUUACACUAGAUACAAGUUUUUUUGCCUUACAAGAUCUAGAACAGUUUAAAUGUAAUGUCUCUAGAUCAAAAAAGUAGAGGCUGCAGAAUAUUGCACAUCUGCCUUGCCAUCUCAUUUUUGCUGAAAUUAUUUUGUGGUCUAAGAUUACCACCCUUAGACACUAUUAUGUCAUGUAGGAACCAAGGUUUCCUUUGGUGCCUACACAUAUAAAUAAAAACUUGGCCACAUUUCACCUGUGUGCUUGUUUUUUGUUUAGCUUUUAUGGUCAGUGGGAAUGAAAUUUACUUGCUAUCUUUGAUAGUUGUAGAAAUAGUGGAGGUUUGCAUUCAGAAAAGUGCUUGUUUGUUUGUCUUGUGGGGACUGUGCCACUUUGUUAUGCCUGAAAUUUGGUGUUUAAAUGUGUGGCCUUUUGCCUCAUGUUGUUGAUGCACUUAGUGCACUGAUCAACAGUAAAGUAUAGAUUGCAGUAAUAUGACUGUUUACAUUUCAUGCAAGACAUACCACAUUUGUAGUUUACCUCUUAGAAUGUUUCUAUAUAUUGUGUGAAAAUGCAAGUGCCUGUAGGUUUGCACUUGUGCACGACUAAUAAAUUGGCCUUGCAACAAGGAAAACAUAAGUAUGUUAACUUAAGGCCCCUUGAAAUAUAUAUUCUUUAUGCAUUGCAGUAGUGAUCACAGCGCUGCAGCUGUGGCAUUUUGCUGCUCAGCACGAAAUGGUGGGUUUGGCUGCAUUUAGAUUGAUGCAGAACACAAAACCUAAGGUGCUUCAAAGGAGUCAAGGUUUCCACCCCAGCAUCCCUCAUAUCCCAGCUGUAGUGUGGGACACAAAAAAUUGAUGGAUCAAUAGUAUAAUCACGGUUUCAAAAGACAAGUACCUGUGCACAUCCUUGCUGCCACAAGUGUUAUUUUAAUCUAAGAGCAUCAUGGCAUGGACAGCACCUGAAGUGAUGUCCAGUUAGCACACUUGGUUUUGCCUUUCUGUGAACUAUAUUCAUUCUGCUGUUGGUUGUUUUAAUGGCCAAGAAGAAGACAUGCUGAGGGGCUGUGUUCUCUAUAAGUGUGGUUGUCACUGUACAGCUUGCAUUCAUAUCUUUGCAUGUGAAUCUUGCUGUACGAGUGUCGCAGCAGCGAGCUUCAAAGUAGGAAUGCAACAACAGAUUGGCAAUUUUACUGUGCAUCUAUUUAUAUAUAUGACUACAGGUCAUAGUUUUUCCUGUGUGGUAGGUAAACAGAGCCCUAAAACAAAAUGUGCUAUGUUUUCAAGCUGUUUAGUUUGGGAAUAGAAGUUUUAUCAUGAGUCAUCUUUGUUAGUUGUAAUGUGGACAUCUCUGUCCUAAGAAAAAGCACCAUAAAGAUGGAAUUGUGCUCCAUCAGACGGCUGGAAGCACUUCCACAUUGUACAAUUUAUAGAAGUAUCACGUUGAUUUGCACUUUUUCCUGUACAGAUGAAUACAAAUGGACCAUAUUUUUUCUUGUGCAAAUAAGUGGUGAUAUAAAGGUUUCAUUUUUUUUUUUUUUUUCAUUUGUACAGUUCAUUGACAAUAAACUUUU